AUGUUUCUACAAUCAAAAGUGUAUAAGUGGAAUCUGUCUUCUAUGAAUGGAUCAACACCAAUGAACGUCACAGCGAUGGAUCCAAAUGUAUCAGUGGAGUUUAUGGUGAACUCAACUCUGGAAGAUAUUCUCGACAAGUUAAUGGUCGAACAAUGGUUUCCAUCGAUAACCUAUGAAAGCUAUUAUAAUGAAUGUGCUCCAUUGAAAUGUACUUACACACAUAAAACUAAGAACAGCAUCGUUUAUAUUGUUACCAUGAUCAUCGGACUGAUAGGAGGCUUAAUAACAGUGUUAAAGCAGACGGUACCGCGACUGGUUUCGUUUGUUGCCUUCUGUAUAACAAAAUACAGAAANAUGAACACAGCAGAGUUGAAAACGAAUAGCUGCGAGACGCUGGAAGCGAUGAAAUAG